AUGUCAUCUUUAUAUGGGAGCCAGUCUACUUGGCCAGAAAAUAUUCCACCACAAUCUGCACAGCCACACCGAUCAUUAUUUGGAGGCCCAAGCAGUGAUGUCUUGCAACCUUCUUCUCAGCUAGAACCGCCAAGAAGUUCUCUUUUUGGAGGCCCCAUCGAACAAGAUGCCCCUCUAGAGCCCUUUUCCGAAGCAGAUCUUAUGGAUGAGGAGCUAGACCAAAACGAAAAUGAAAUUGACGUGAUAAUGCGAGAGCAGCCCUUGGCGUUACAGAAUGACUCUGAUGACGAAAGCCAGGGAAAUAAUCGUGGCAGAAGUCGCAUACACUCAAAAAGGGCACAGGAGUCUCCACUUGACCCAACCUACUACGUAGUUGACCGAGGUCUUGACCUGCCACCUGGAGUUGAGCGUCCUAAUCUAUUUGACGGGCACGCCACUUCGUGGAGGAACUACAACGCCGAUGACAUCGGAGCCUAUAAUGCAAUUGUUACCAACCGAACCAGAGAUUUGGCAGCUCAUCUUUACAAUGCUCACGUGGUUCGCAAGCGAGCGCAGGACACUGCCCAGGAGAAUCCCGGGAUCGACAAAGUGCCAUUCCGUGUGAACAAACGAUGGGCUGCAUGGCCUGUUCAUGCAGCCACAGUUCCCCGUGCCAAUGAGAUCAUUCAGAGGGAAAUGGAUGCCUCUGAUAAUUUCCAAAUGCAACCCGAUCCCCGACCCAGUGCGGGAUUGGAAGAAUGCAUCACAGCGUUCAUACUGAAGACCUCCAAGGAGACCUUCCAAGCCCGAGAGUGGGAUUCGGAAGAAAUUAAACAUAAUUCCCGGAAUAAAAUGAAUGACGGGAAGGAACUGAUGGAAGAUGAAUUGGGGAAAAAUGAAGAGAACGAAGAAGCGCGUGUUGAUGUAAGAACCCUCCGACCGACAGUCCUCCUCGACGACGACACAGCCAUUCGCCAAUUACGUCCGUUGGUCCGCAAUGUGAUUUCGCAAGUUGACCGGCUGCUAUACGGGCUCCAUUGCGCCAUGAAGGGUCGCAAGUUCGAGGAAGAAUCUGGUGAAGAGCAAUGGAGUGAUUCGGACGGAGACCAUCAGACCCGACACAGCCGCAAACUCAGAAGCAGAAGUCGAUCACGUGGUCGGAGAAGUGCUCGACAGGAGUCUCAGAAGCGAAACAUAUCACGCCCUUCCAACAGUGCACACAUAUCCACUAGACCGGAGACAAAGGAUGAAAAUCUGCCAGACGUUUCCCAAACCCGAGCACAAUCUCGUGGUUUCUCUACUGGCCACGAGAGCAGUCAUCACAUCAAUGGCCGACUCAAACUGCGAGACUGGAGUGAAGUUAUGGGGCUGGCAUCAAUGAUUGGACUCCCAAGCUCAGCGGUAAUGCGUGCGUCAAAGCGAUGCGCCGACCUUUUCGGUGAAGAUAUGGAGUUCCGAAUAAUGCCCGAAGGCCGAGUAAGAAAAAGAAACAAGGUAGAUGCUCGAGAAGAAUAUGCCUACACCGAGAGCGCGAGCGAUAGUGACUCGAAGCCACUAAGUUCUCAGCCAAUUCCUCGGCCAGUUGGCCAGCCAACUCGCAAACGCAAAACCGAACCUGGGCUUGGACCCAAUGCCAAAGCGAAGAUUCCAGGCCAGCGACGCUCGAAGUCACACAUGACUCCUGCAAUUGUUCCUUCCUCGUCCCCAGCCCCGGAAGAGCCGACAGAACCUAGAGAGGCUUUUGCAGAAAACACAAGACGAGCCAUCGCUCAGGAGUCAAAGACGGUUAAACCAGGCGUUGGAAAGGGCCCUCAUCGAAAAGUGGAUAUUGUCUGUCAUUUCAGGUCUUGCAAUCGACAUACGAAUGGGUUUUCACGAAAAUGGAACCUCAACCAACAUUUGAAAAAAGCUCAUGGUAUAAAUGUUGCUCCUGGGAAUGAACGUCCGAUUGAGCGGGAUGCUACGGUUAUCGUGCUCGACUAG